ACGACUAAGCACAAUUUUGCCACUUUGACCUGUGUUAGUAAAACCGUACAUAUCAUCACAACUACUUUGUACAUCCAGGUAAAUUAUACCUUGUUUUUUUCAGGACAAAUUGGGAUUUCAUUUGGUGGUAAAUGUACAGCCCAGAAACAAUAGUGUGCAUUUUGGUUUUUGGGGUUGUUUUACCUAAAACACAGAAAAAAGCCCAGUUCUGUUGGGCCGCAUAUUUGUGUUAUGCAGGUGUGAAGGAGUUAGAGG